AUGGUAAUGUUGAAGGUGGUGGGACAGCAAGCCUGUUUCCUUCCAAAAAUCUUUGUGAUUAGUGAUGAUGACCAGGAGGAGGAAACAAUAGGAGUGUGGUGCAAACUGUUUCGUCACCAGACCUCCAAGUCGCCCCCAGAGUGGAAGGAACGGGACACGGGGGGCAUUAAGAUUCUGAGGAACAAGCAGAAGAAGGCUGCCAGACAGCUCAGUGGCAGAGCUGCAGGUGGCCUUUGUCAGCUUCCUGGUGUCACAAUUGGUGGGACAGCUGGGAGCAGUGGAGGUGCCUGGUGGGGCAGCUGUGCCGGGCAGAGGAGGUGCUGCUGGGGGAGCCACAGUUGUAUGCUAAGCUUCUCUCAGUCCUACACUAUCAGAUCCCUCAAGACCUCUUUGUCGACACUGUACAGUCCCACGACCUCCUUGCCUCUACACUUACUGCUGUCUUCGCCAACACUGAGGACAAUGCCGCCUGCCUGCCACCUCCCUUGGUCCUCAAGGCUUGUCGCUUCAAGGACCAGCCACCUCCUUGCCAAGUUUGACGCUUGGGGACAAGGGGAGUAUGCGCCAGUGGUGGUUGAUGUGGCUUUAGGCUGUACAGGUGUCCAGCAGCCUGCAGUAUGUACACAUACACACAUACACACACAGGCGGACAUCUUUGGAGGAAGAAAGUGCUGUGUGCUGUAAAAAUUUACAAGACAAGAAGAAAAUAGACACAAGAUUUUUAAUUAUUUUUCUCUCCUUUCUAACAAAAAGAUAUUCAAGUUUAGGUGAAUAUGUUAUCAAAAUGUUUAUCUCUAUACAAAGUUCAGUGUUGUAAUAAUAAGUAAUAAUAAAGUAACACUAAAGAAAAAUAUUAACAAUAAAAGAUGAUAAUAAUAACAAUAAA